AUGGUGGUCACUGUACUUUUUGCGGUCUCUGCCGUGUUAAUUUCUCCGCUGUUUGCCCAAGUCACUGAACUUGAUGAACGGUUUUUGGAACAAAGGAAACAGGGCUUUUGGCUUGUUGAGUUCUAUGCACCAUGGUGUGGUCACUGCCAAAGACUUGAACCGAUUUACAAUCAGGUGUAUAUGCAACUGCGUCACACAGACAUCAUUGUAGCCAAGGUGGAUUGCACUAAACACUCUUCAGUGGCAAAUGCAUUCAAUGUGAAAGGUUUUCCUACAAUCAAAUUUAUUAAAGGAGAAGAUGCAUACAUCCAUCGUGGGGACAGAACAAAAGAAGACAUCAUCAAAUUCGCCCUCAGAGCUAAAGAGCCAGCUAUUCGUCGAAUUGCAAGUGAGAACAAAUUUCUGGAAAUUCAGAAACAGCAUCAAAAUGAAGUGUUCUUUUUGUAUAUGGGACCAGAAAUCAAAGAAGUAGAAUUAUUUCAAAAAUUUGAAAUGACUGCUCGAAGACAGUUAAUCCAGUCAUAUUUUUAUUCUGGAGAGGGCAGAAUUUUACCUUUGCAUGUAAAAUUAGCAAGAAUGCCUUCAAUUAUGGCAUUUAAAGAUAAUAUAUAUAUUGAAUAUACAGGAGAAUCUCGAUUUUCUGAAGUUGAUAGUUGGGUGACACAGGAACGCUACACUGGAUAUCCAGUUGUUACAUCAAAUACUCUCAAUGAAAUGGUAGAACUGCAAAAAUUUCUUGUUAUCACUGCUAUUGAUCGAGGGUCUAAAAAGUGGAAAGAAGUAAACACAAGAUAUGAAGAAAUGUCUAAAAAGCUUGCUUUGGAUGAGAGAGAAAUAUUUCACAGCCAAUUCCAAUUUGCUCUUGUCACAGACGGUGAGCCAUUGAAUAGUAUUACUAUGUCUAACGUUGAAUUGCCAGCAUUGCUGGUUUAUGAUGCCAAGUCACAGUACUACUACAUACCAGAGCAAGAAAUCAAGGACUUUACUCUUAAAGAGUAUCGUCAGUUUCUUUUGGAUAUUGCCCAAGAUAAAAUUCCUCCUCAGGGAGGGACAGGAUUUGUUCAACGAAUAAAACGAAUUGGAUAUGACUUUAUGACAACAAUUAUGACAAUAUGGGCAACUUCCAGAUGGUUGUUUUUGCUGAUGUUUGGCCUGCCUGCUGUCAUCAUUAGUAUUGUCUGUUACAGCAUCUGUUGUGUUGAACCUUUUGAUGAGGAAGGUGCCAUUUCAGAUGUUGAUGAAGGUGCAGAUGAAGAAAACAAAGAGAAAAAAGUCAAGCCUUGCCAACAUCAAAAUAAGGGUCACUUAAAGUCUGAUUGA